AGAAAAGAAAAAGGUAAGAGAAAAUAUAUGCUCGCAGACCACGCAGCGAAGCAAUGGAGGUAGAAAGCUGACUCUUUAUCCUCCCUCUUUAAAAAGAAAGCUACGAAACGCACUCAAGAAUAAGCAUAAUCAUUGUUCCGCUUACAGCGACGUCGUUUCACUGCUUACCAUCUUCUUCUCUCUCUGUAGUUCUCGCUUUUUAUCCAAUCCAAACUGAAUGAAGAUUGUUAAAUUAUCUACUUCAUGUUGUGUCCAGUAAUUUGAGUUGCUGGUUACAACUUGGUAAACUAUUGGGACAAGAGUGGCACUGUUCUGUACUGUACAUUUGUGAAGUGAUGUCAAGGUGUUAAUCUCAUUCUGAGAUUCUAUGCCUCUGUCAUUUCCAGUUGUUUUGGUGGACUUAGAUGGAUGUUUCCUCAACAGAGCAACAUUCUGAUCGUCAAACUGAAACCUACCCAUUGUUAAUGGAGCGACCUGAGAGUCUUAAUAGUAGUGAGCACAUUAUUGACAUACCAAGGAUCAGUGGUGCCUCGCCAUCAACAUCUCAUGAUAGAACUGCCAAUGAUUUGGAAGCCUCAUCACAUGAAGACAGACCUUCAACCAGUGCAAGAACACCCGUUUCUCAACUUUCAACUUUCUCCUCUAAUGGUAAUGGAUCAAACACUCGGAACUCAUCAUUCGUAAGGAGAGGUGAAUCCCGUCGGCGUAGGAGUCCGCUGAACUCUGGUUUAUGGAUUUCUAUUGAAUUGAUUCUUACAAUUAGCCAGAUUGUUGCAUCUAUUGUUGUUUUGUCCGUGUCAAGGAAUGAGCAUCCACGGGCACCAUUGUUUGCAUGGAUUGUUGGUUAUGCAUCAGGAUGUCUCGCAACUCUUCCUCUUCUUUAUUGGCGUUAUCGUCAUCGUAACCAGGUUUUGGAGCAAGAGUCAGCUCAACCUCGUCAGGGUUCUACUCAUAUUAGUGUUCCUGCAGGACCUUAUUCUGUUUCAGUCAGCAGGAGCUCAGAAGCUGAUGAUCGCCGAACUGCUGCAUCACCUAGAGGUGGUCAAAAUUCUGGAGCAAUAAAUGCAAGACUGAAGACUCUGGUUGAAUACUUCAAAAUGGCUCUUGAUUGUUUUUUCGCAGUUUGGUUUGUGGUUGGCAAUGUAUGGAUCUUUGGAGGUCAUUCGUCUGCUAGUGAGGCUCCAAACAUGUACAGGUUAUGUAUAGUGUUUCUUACCUUUAGCUGUAUUGGAUAUGCAAUGCCCUUCAUUCUGUGUGCGACGAUCUGCUGUUGCUUGCCUUGUAUAAUUUCUCUUCUUGGGUUUAGAGAGGAUUUGGGGCAGACUAGAGGAGCCACAGCAGAAUCAAUUGAUGCGUUACCGACAUACAAGUUUAAGGAAAGUAAAAACAGGAACAGUGAUGAUAGCAACUUUUGUGGUGCUGGUGACGGUGGAAUAGUGGCUGCUGGAACAGAACAGGAGCGAAUGAUCUCUGGAGAAGAUGCGGUUUGUUGCAUUUGUUUGGCAAAAUAUGCAAACAAUGAUGAGUUGAGGGAGCUGCCCUGUUCACAUUUUUUCCACAAGGAGUGCGUGGAUAAGUGGCUGAAGAUCAAUGCUUCUUGUCCUCUUUGCAAGAGCGAAGUGGGUGAAAGUCUUAUCGGUUCGCUCUCUGGGUCAAAUUCUAGAUGAUUCGUACCAUGUUUUAUCUUCAUCAUAGAAAAGAGUAAUGUUAUGUUACCAAUUUGACAUUUUGUAAAGUGCUAUUUGCAAUUUUUUUUUUCUUUAAACUAUGGAUUGAGAAAUUUCUGUAAGAAUACAUUCGACAUCUUGGUACCAACCUCAAGUUCUCCA